CUUGGCCACCCCACUUUGGUCUUCUCCCCCCACAGCGGCCACCUAGCACUUGCUCACUGCAAACUAGUACUUUUCGCCUCAAUUGUCGUUUAACGAGCGAUUAAGGGCUUUUCAAACCAGUUUUAUAGAAUUUAUCGCGUCCUUUACAGUUACUGACGCGUAAAGCUUCAUUAUGUCUGAAGCUGAGCGAAAUUUGACGGACGCGCAUUCUGCAUCCAUUGGCACAGAAAAUGAGGGAAGAGAUACGAAAAACGCAUCAGAGAAUGGCGUUGAUUUAGGAUUGAAUUUUUCUGAGGAUGAGCUUUCCGAUUUGGAUGAAAACCAAUUUGAGAACUUUGAUGAAUCAAAAAUUGGUCACGAAGAUGAGGAGCCUACCAUUUACAAUCUUCCUUCCUUCAAAAAGAAACACAGAGAGGCUCUAGGAGGCUCUGAUGAAAAAAUUGGAGCAGCCGGUGCUGCUCGUGGACGCAGACGUCGCACAACAUCGCGUACUACGGCGGAUGACUUUUUUGACGAACAAGAAGAACAUCCUACAAAGGAAAGCAAACGGAAACCUCGAAAACAAGUCCCCGUCAAAGAGGAGCGUCCUGCUGACCCCGUUUUGGCAGCUAAAUGGGAUUUGGAUCGCAGAAUCGAUGCUGUGUUGAAGCCGGCUCGGGGGAAGAAGCGUUCUAUGGACGAUGAUUUGGAACAAAUGGCCGACGAGGAGAUUAUGCGGCUGCGAGAACAAAUGCGUCAGGCCGCUAUCCGAGAUGCUGAACUGAAUUCCGAACAAAAGCCGGCUACCGAAAAACUUAGAAUGCUCCCCUUUGUAGAGACUGUUCUUCGCAAGUCUAAUCUGCAGGACGUCAUUCUCGACAACAAUUUACUUGACUCGGUCCGUAUGUGGCUUGAGCCGUUGCCCGAUCGUUCUUUGCCUGCACUAAACAUUCAGCAUGUUCUCUUUGAUGUGCUUCGCAAACUUCCCAUCCAGACAGAACAUCUCCGUGAGAGUGGUCUUGGUAAAGUUGUUCUGUUCUAUACACUUUCAAAAAAGCCUGAACCAUUCAUUCGUCGUAUGGCCGACACACUCGUGAAUGAAUGGAGUCGUCCUAUCAUCAAACGCAGUGCUAAUUACCGUGAUCGUGCGGUUAGCGUAGUUACUCUUAAUCCCGAGAUGCUGCGUCGUCAACGCAGCAGCGCUAUGAUGAGCCAUGCUGAUGAUGGCACAGAGAACUCUGACCGCACUGUGAUUCCCCAAUCUGUUUCGUCAAAAUACCAAAUUGCGCCUCGUGUUCGACUGAAUAGUGCAGCCAUGUAUGGUCGCAUGAAGCCAGCCGACAGCGAACAAGUUCGCAAACUGAAGGCUAAAAUGAAAGCCAUCCGCAGUAAGCCUACACGUCGCAGUGGUGUCAGUAUCGAGGGUCGCGGAUUGUAAGCAGACUUAAUAGCACCGUGCCAUCUCCUGCUGCUAAAACUGCGUUGCUUCCACGAUUUGUCGCCGACUGUUUGGAUUAGUUUUGUACAUUUGCUUAUUAAUGGUUUUAUGAAUAAAACGUAGAUUUGUAUUCUUCAAA